UCGCGUUGAGCGGAAGUCUAGUCGUCAAAAAGCAAUUAUCGCAAAUAUUUAUUUUUAUCAAAAUAAAAUUUUUGAAAAUUCAUAAAUUAAACUUAAAAAAAAUGCGCAAAAAGUACAGAAUAACAAAAUUAGUGCUUCUAUUUUUUACCGCGCUCGUUUUCUUCUCUAGAAGCAAUUAUUUAUCCAGAAUAACAGCGAAAGAAUUGUUUGUGCGGAAUUAUAACGUUGGAGUGCUGAUGGCAUCCCAUUUAGACAGCCCGUUUGACCUAGAACGAUGUGGACCUGCUGUUGAUUUAGCACUCGCAGAAGUUAAUGAAUUUUUAAUUAUACAUAAUGUUCAAUUACAGAAAGUGCAAGCUAGUUAUCCAUCGUGUAGUGGUGCAAGAGCACCAGGAUUAGCGGCAGACAUGCAUUUUCAUGAUAACGUUAUCGCAUUUAUCGGUCCAGCGUGUGCUUUUGCAUUAGAACCUGUUGCAAGGCUCGCGGCUUAUUGGAACACGCCAAUAAUUACUGGAAUGGGCGAUCAGCCGCCGUCAGAAGGCGAACUCUCGGUAACAUCCGGUAUCCUUGGUAGACUUCACAAGUGGAAAAAUGAGAGCUCUGGGAUUUUUAAAGAUAAAAGUAAAUAUCCAACUCUAACAAGAAUGUCUUAUUGCCAAUGUCGCUUGCGAUUAGUAUUCUCAAGUAUCUUCAAGGAAUUCGGAUGGUCACACGUCGCAUUGAUCCUCGACAAAUCUGAUUUGUUUUCAUUAACCGUAGGAAAGAAUUUGGAGUACGGAUUACGGAAAGAUGGCUUGUUGAAAUUUGUUCGAGAACUCGAUGGUAAUGCGCAUGAUGAUUCUUAUCAUUUGUAUCUUCGCGAUGCGAGUAUGUAUGCAAGAGUUGUAAUUCUGAGCGUACGAGGAACCCUUGUUAGAAGAUUCAUGCUAGCAGCCCAUGCAUUAGGAAUGACACGCGGUGAUUGGACAUUUUUGGACGUAGAAAUAAUUCAGGGAUCAUAUUGGGGCGAUCAUGACUGGGAAAUAGGUGACGUAGAAGAUGCGGCGGCACGAAAAGCUUACGAAGCUCUUUUAAGAGUUUCUUUACUUCAGCCAACUUCUCCCCGGUUCCAAGACUUUGCAGAAGACGUCCGGAUUCGCGCGCAAACAAAUUACAAUUACACAUUUUCCGACGGCGAGGAAGUUAAUUUUUUCAUCGGAGCUUUUUACGACGGAGUUUACUUGCUCGGAAUGGCGCUCAAUGAAACUCUAUCUGAGGGAGGGAAUAUCCUUGACGGACUCGCGAUGACGAAGAGAAUGUGGGGUAGAGAUUUUAUGGGAAUUACUGGGCACGUCAGGAUUGAUGAAGACGGCGAUCGAGACGCUGAUUACAGCAUUCUUGAUCUCGAUCCUAUUACCGGAAGAUUUGAAGUGGUCGCGCAUUACUUGGGAUUAAAUAGGGAGUACAACCAAGUGUCCGGAAAAAAAAUCCACUGGCCGGGUGGCCGCGAAGGACCACCCGCGGAUAUUCCUGAGUGUGGAUUCCUCGGAAAUGAUCCGGCUUGUGCGCUUAAAACAGACGCGUAUACUCUAAUCCUCUACUCAAGUUUCGCGCUAGGUGUGUUUUUAUUCGCGGUUUCCACUGCGGCUUGCUUGCUUUACCGACACCUACGCCUUUCGGCUGACUUGAAUAACAUGUCCUGGAGAAUCAGACCCGAGGAACUGCUACUGGAAGUCAGUAAGACUUUUUCUUCUAAAAUUAAUCUUCAUCAGGCUAUGGCGGAGGCUAAUAAUUUUGGAUUGGAACAAAAAAGACGAGGCUCGCAAUUGAGUGGAGAUUCAUUAGCGCCUACUAGUAUGUUUACCAGUGUCGGAAUUUACAAAGGCGAAAGGGUUGCUAUAAAAAAAGUGACUAAAAAAAAAGUUGUUGACGUAACAAAAAAAUUACUAUGGGAAAUUAAACAAGUACGCGAUGUUACUUCUGAAAAUACUGUCAGAUUUAUUGGAGCAUGUCUCUGUUCACCAUCCCCUACAGUAUUAAUACUAACAGAGUACUGUCCCAAAGGAUCGCUUAAAGACGUCCUGAAUAAUGAUGCGAUAAAACUUGACUGGAAUUUCCGAAUGUCGUUAAUUCACGAUAUCGUUAAAGGAAUGGAUUAUUUACAUGCGAGUGAAGUAAAUGCUCACGGCAAAUUGCGGUCGUGCAAUUGUUUAAUCGACGGACGUUUUGUUCUUAAAAUAUCUGACUUUGGUCUUAAGACUCUGACCACUCCAGCGGAAUUAAUUAUUGAUGAUAAUUAUUACACAAAAUUAUUAUGGAUUGCACCCGAAUUAUUACCACAAACAGUAUUACCAGGUAGUGCUGCUACGCAAAAAGGUGAUGUUUACAGUUUUGCUAUUAUAUUAGAAGAAAUAAUAUUACGUGGUGGACCUUAUGAAGUUGCUAAGAGUAAUAUGUCAUCACAAGAAAUUGUAAAUAGAGUAUCUUCUGGAGAAAAUCCUUGCUUUCGUCCAGAAGUCCAGCCAAAGGAUUGUCCUCCAGAUAUUCUGUGCCUAAUGGAACGCUGCUGGAGUGAAAUAAGCGAGGACCGUCCAACUUUCCAAACAAUCCGCGGAAUAAUUCGCGGGAUUAUGAAAGGAUACUGUGAAAAUUUGAUGGAUGAUUUGUUACGACGUAUGGAACAGUAUGCCAAUAAUUUAGAGGCAUUAGUUGAAGAAAAAACUGAGCAAUUAACUUUGGAAAAACGUCGAAGUGAAGAAUUGUUGUAUCAAGUAUUACCAAGACAAGUAGCUGGUCAACUAAUGGCAGGAGAACUGGUUCAACCCGAACAAUUCGAGUCAGUGACAAUUUACUUCAGCGACAUAGUAGGUUUCACAGCUCUGUGCGCCCAGAGCACGGCAAUGCAAGUAGUAGACUUUCUGAACGAUCUCUACAGCACAUUCGACCGCAUAAUAGGUUUCUACGACGUCUACAAAGUAGAGACAAUCGGCGACGCUUAUAUGGUAGUCUCAGGACUGCCUCAGAGAAACGGAGACGAGCACGCCAAGGAGAUAGGGCUGAUGGCUCUCGCCAUCCUAGACGCUGUAAAGUCCUUCAAAAUCGGACACAGACAGGACUCUCAACUAAGUGUCAGAAUUGGAGCUCACAGCGGUCCAGUUUGUGCUGGAGUCGUUGGCCAGAAGAUGCCUCACUACUGUCUAUUUGGUGACACUGUCAAUACUGCUUCCCGCAUGGAGUCUUCCGGCCUACCUUUAAAAAUUCACGUAUCAGAGACGACAAAAAAUAUUUUGGACAAGUUCGGUACAUUUGAACUUGAACUCCGCGGCGAAGUUGAACUGAAAGGCAAGGGCACAGUGACCUCUUUUUGGUUGAACGGUUGCACAACUCCAGAUCCUCGGUUAUCAUCACCGAAGUUACGGAAGCACAGUACCAGUCCUCCGGACAACGGACAAUGCACGACUUUGAAUCCUUUGAUUUUUCCUCAAAAUAUUUUAAACGCCAAAAACUCAAAUAAUACUUUUAUUAAUUUGUCUGAACUCUAA